AUGCAAUACCAAGGAGUUGCAAUAACAACCGACGAAGAUAUUCAACAAAUGUUUCAAAUACAUAAUGAGCGUCGGGCCCCAACUCCUACCAUUGAGCUGUAUAUUGUUUUUAAACAAAUUACAGCUGAUACACGUGCAGAAGGUAGCGAUGAGGAAGAUGAAGCCUAUGUGAGCAUCGUUCCCAACAGAGAGAUUGAAUGGGAACAAAACAGCACUGAAAGUGAUGACCCUGACUUGGAUGAAGACGGUGAUGAUGAGGAAUCAGAAGAUGAGGGAGUUAAUGAAGACUCCUAUUUAUCAAGUCCAAUGAUUGGCAAACAUCCGUUUGAGGAGCCGUCAUUCAUGCGUGCGUUAGAUCUUACAAGUAUGCAAGCACCUGAAUUUCCAAAAUAUGCUAACUUAGGUAAUUAUGAGGUAGUAGGAGAAUUGUGUGUUGGAAUGCAAUUUAAUAACAGAGAAAAUGUUAUACGAACAAUUAAACAUGACAGUAUAUCAAAAGGAGUGGACUAUAAAGUAUUUGAGUCUGAACCAAAUACAUUUUACUGUAAAUGUGUAAGCUAUGGCAUAGAUUGUGAUUGGCUUGUUCGGGCUAGCUUGAGGAAAAACAAAUGUUUUUGGGAAAUCAAGAAGUAUAAUGGGCCACACACUUGUAUGAGGGCUAGGAUUUCGCAGGAUCAUAGCAAGUUGGAUGCAGACACAAUUGCAGAAUGUAUUAAGCCAAUGGUAGAAUCUGACCCUUCUUUUAAGAUCAAACUUGUGAUUAAUGAAGUCCAAGCUAGAUUUGGAUAUACGACAACAUAUAGAAAAGCAUGGAUGGCAAAGCAAAAAGCAAUUGAAAAACCUGCCGCAAUUGCUCCUUGCAUUCGGGCAUUCAGACAUUGCAAACCACUUGUGCAGGUUGAUGGGACACAUUUAUAUGAAAAAUACAAUGGGGCUUUAUUGGUAGCUGUUGCACAAGACGGCAAUCAGAAUAUUUUGCCGAUUGGCUUUGCUAUUGUUGAAGGAGAAACUGCAGAUGGUUGGCAUUUUUUCCUUAAGAAUUUACGCAAACAUGUCGUGACGCAGGAUGGUGUUGGUAUUAUUUCUGAUCGGCACGAGUCAAUUAAUGCAGCAAUAAGACGAAGUAACAGAUAA